GAAAUAAUCGAGUCACCUAAAAUUCAUGAAACCUACGAUUGAUGGCAACCUUUGCGUCUGAUUGCUUCUGCUAUUUUCAGCUGAUCUCCAAUUCUCUCUACCCUUUCGAUUAACUAAGCACCUGUGUAUCGGGCAGCAAAACCGCAUAUGCCGUGUUCUAGAUAUCAGCCAAGUUGUGUCUUAUGGAGCCGAGGAACUUGAAGAAGCUCGCGCCAGCACAGGCCUCACCUAGCAGUGGCGAAACGCCUAACCAGACAUCUUUAUCUAUACCAGGUCCCCGCAGAAACCUAACAAGGAAUGCAUGCUCCCCAUGUAAACUCAAGAAGGCAAAGUGUGAUGGAAACCGACCCACGUGCGGGAGAUGUCAGAAAGCCGGCGAUACGUGCCUAUACGAAGCGAAUAAAAGAGACAUCGGAAGACUACAGAUAUUAAGCGAGUACGACGCAGCUAGAUUGCAGAAUUUUGAAAUGGUUUUUGGGGUGUUGCAAAAUGGGACCGACUAUGAAGCUACCGAACUAUUUUCUCAAAUAAGAGUCGGGGAAUCCAUCGAAACACUUGUGCCUGCAUUAAAUCCUUCUCUUCCCCAACCUUCAGCGUUAGCAUCGGUCAAGCAAACAGCGCUCGUGUCAGGUUCGGCAACUGGACGUAACGGGUCCGAAGACCCUUCUUUAACAGUAGCGUCGCAAAGUUUUAUGGACCUCCUAUUCGACCAAGAUGGCUGGUCCCAGCCUGCUGAUGGUAUUAACGACUAUGACUCCCAAAUAGCCCAGGGAGAAUCACACGACCAUGCCCCCGAUACCAUCCAGAGCGAUGACCAGCAGUCCCAUUCAUUCUAAUCGACUACCUCAUACGACUUUCCGAUACCUCUCGAUCCGAUCUUAACCUCGAGAAAGCGACGGCUUAUAAUGCUAUCGAUGCGUCUUCUAUGAGGAAUAUAUGGGGAAUAACUUGAACUUAGUUAAACCAUCUCGAAUAGCUUGGAACAAGUUUGAGCGUUGGCUGCCGCCGUAACUCGAGCAAGUCAGAUGGUACGGCCUCGUG